CUAUCACAAGGAUUUUACGGAGAACAAAGUCUGCUUACAGUGUCACAAACGCUUAUGGAAACUUGAAAGUGAAUUUACAUUUUUUUAAAAAACGUAUUUAUUGUACAUAAUCGUUUCUUGAAACUAACCGUUUCUUUUCGUGUUCAUUAUUGUAUGAAAAUUCUAACAUUAAACCAUUUACCUGCACGCUGUGAUAUUUGUUUAUGUACAACGUAAAAUAGAAACUGAAGGGUAAUAGAUAAAUUUCUCGGCUGUUACUGCUAAAGCAAAUUGUUUUUUUUUUUUUUCCAAAUUUGACACAGAAGGUUUUCAAUCGAUGGAUAUAUCAAAAAUUACUUUAAGUUGCAUUUUUGCUGUUCUUUAUUUUAUUUUUUCUGCUGCUCAUGGUACCUCUGUAGACAGGGGAGAUGACGUUGUACAGGUAUAUCGGAAUCUUCUCGAAAAUUAUAUUCCAAAUAUUAGACCAUGUCAUAAUUGCUCCGAAACAGUAAAUGUUGAUAUAAAAUGUCAUAUUUUAGCAUUGAACAAAGUGGAUGAAAUUCUUGGCGAGUUCGUUCUAGUGGCUGCAUUAACUUUAGAAUGGUCUGACAAACGCGUCGUGUGGGAUCCGAAGUUAACAGGGACUAACAGUUUGAUGUUUUCUUCAAAAGAAGUUUGGGUACCUCCGCUGCUUCUGAGCAACCCAUUCAAAGAGUUCAGUUCUGUGAACAAGGAGGAAAUGCCAAUAAGAGCCUUUUACAAUGGAACAUUAAUAUGGCAGCCAUUCGGUGUAUUCAACACAAAGUGUAAAUACAAUAUUUACAAUUAUCCUCUAGACGUCCAAACUUGUUACGUCAUGUUCCACCCAUCCGCGUACCUAGCAAAGGAAGUUAAUAUGACCGCUGUAGAUAGACACGCCAAGCUUGUUCCUGAAUUUGAGGAAAAUGGAGAAUGGAAAUUACUCGACGCAUUUAUUUCUACGGAUAAUCUCCUAAAUUUAUCUGUUACGACAAUCACCAUAAAUAUUGAAAGACGUCCGACAUUUUUUAUUGUGAACAUUAUUUGUCCAUUGAUUUUGAUAAGCAUUUUAAAUUGCUUUGGAUUCGUAAUACCCGCCGCUAAUGGAGAAAGGAUAUCAUAUUCAGUAUCCAUUUUGAUGUCACUUACAGUUUUUAUGUCAGUGGUAAACAUCAGCAUACCGCAAACAUCCGCUCCAAUGCCAAUUAUAUGUUAUUAUCUGAUUUGUGUAUUCGUAGGCAGCUUUCUUGUUACGCUGUCAGUGCUUUUCAACACUCGUUUAUAUUAUACUGACUCCUCGAAUCGAGUUCCUCCUGCUUUAAAGUAUAUAUUUAGACUCAUUCGAUGUGGAAAGGUCAAUAUAUGUACGGAAAGCAGUGAACAAAGUUGUGAUAUCCCACGAGUAUCACAAACAGACUCAAAUAAUGCCAGUGAGUCCGUUGGGAAUGGCAUAGAGCCUCAUGCAGAUGCAUUUAAAUCUCAUGCUGACAUUGAUUGGCGUGAUGUUGCUUUGCUUCUUGAUAAUACAGGCCUAAUAAUUUCGUGUGUAUAUUUCCUGGUUAUAAAUAUUGUAUUUGUGUUUGUUUGACCCUUUCAACCUGUAGAACGACACGUAUAUUUUUAUUUUCUUGUGCCUGCAAACCAAGAUGCUAAGAAACCGCCAAAUAUUAAAUUCUGCGAUAUAAUUAAAGGCACUGACUUCCAGAUUUGGCUAAAAAAUAACCUUUCUUUCAAACUGAAGUUUGGUCAUACUAUGAACAUUAGAAUAUGAAUUUUUGUUUCUAAAAUAUUUUAAAAAUUCCAAAUCAAGAAAAAAUAGAUGACCGCGUAUGGAAUCGAACCCCGGACCGCCGCGGCAAUAAAGACAUUUUUCCGUUGUCGUAACCAAUAGCGGUAUAGCUGAAGUAGUGCAUAAUGACUUCAAAAUAUAAAUAUUUAUAAUCGAGACAGUUUACCUGGAGUAAAAGCGUGAGAAACACUUUUCGAUUUUCAUCGUAAAAAGUAGUAAAAACAGCAAAUUCUCAUGUGUUUCCGUAACAUAAAGUUUGUCAGUAAUUAAGUUUUAAAGCCUUCUUAAGAAAUAUAGCAUUUAUUUCAAGAUAUCUAAACAAAACAAAAAAUUGUUGUCGAACGAUCUGGAGGCAUGCCGCUUUAAGGAUGAAUAUUUUGAGGAAAAUAAAGUAACAUCAGUUAAAUGUUCUGCAAAUGAAGACAAUGAUAGAGAUGUACACAAAUGAAAAUGGCAACUAUUGAGUUUUAAAAUAGGUUGCUGAGGUAAGAAAGUAUAAUUAGGUUAUUUAACAUUGUUCUGUACAAUACGGAGAUAUAUUUGGACGAGUACCCAGCUGAUAGCGGCUCGUCCAAUAUGGUUUUCCCAGCUGGGUACGAGUUCAAAUAUAUCUCUAAAGCUAGUUCACUUGUUCAUAAAUUUUAAUUAAUACCUUUAUUUUUCAAUGAAGUCAUAAGCUGACCAUGCCUAAUGAAAAUAAGUAACCGUUCGACAGACUGUAGGUCCUAUAUUUAUUACUGCUUAUUUAUUUUUAACGAGUUUCCACAUUUUGUUGACCUCUAAUAGUUCGAUUAUUGUAAGAAAAUUCAAUUAUUUAUUUUAAAGGAAUGCCGACUAGUAAAACGGGCAAUUCUUGUUAGUUUUCUCACUAACCUUCUUUGUUUGACAAAAUCAAACGAAACGAGAUUGGCCUGUUGUUGUUUUUUUUUGUUUUUUUUACAAAAUUUAAUAUGGCUCGUACUCGUUCUUGUAGUUAU